AUGUACUGGAGCGAACGGGAAUCCUCAAUUGCUGAGGCAACUGCAGCUGCGUUGAAGCGGCCACCUGGUGCGCAUGGACGACGAGCGACUACCCAAAGGACUCAUCUACGAGACAUCGCCACGGGUUCCCGUCGCCAAGGAGGCCAAAUCCGCCGAUACAAGAAUACUCUGAAGUCCGCCCUGAAGCGGCAGCAAAUCAAUCCGCCCAACUGGGAAGACCUCGCCCGUGACCGACCGACCUGGAGAAGGACGGUGACGACUGGAGCUGCCAUCCAUGAGACCAACCGCAUAGACGCCGCCAAAGUCAAACGAGAAGCACGCAAAUCAUAACUUCGCCCAGUACGCAACGCGGCGCACAACCGUCUCCAACAGGUCCUCGAUGUCAACGGACCAUCCGGGCACGAAUUGGACUUGUUGGACUGCACCACCUGGACCACACCAACCGUCGUCCCUCCGUCCAACUCGUCCUCCAGGCCGCCAACUAACUCUGACUGCUCUUCUGAACUGCCACUUCCAUCCUCCUCCUCCUCCUCCUCGUCCUCCUCCACUGCUCCGAGGCCUGCCGUCGUGGCUUCCGCCGCGCACGUCAACACUGCACGCAAUCCUGAUCCAUCCUCAACCGUCAACACCACCAAUGUCGACAGCAGAGUUGAGGAUCAAAAUUACACCUGCCCUCACUUUGAUCGCACCUGCACCUCACACAUCGGCCUGGUCAGUCACUUGCGAAUCCAUCGCACAGAGACUGGCGAACCAGUGUCUGGAGCACCAACCUACACCAGCUGCACCUACCUCCACUCUCCACACUGUCCUCGCACUUUCACACAUCGCAUGGGCCUAUUCGGCCCCAUGUGCAUCCACGAGAGAGGAAUUGACCGCAACAUCGACACACCCACCCCGCCGAGCCCCACUCCCAAUUCAUCACCUUGCGCACCCACCACCCACUCCCCAACCGACAUCGACGCCACCGACUCUACCACCCCUCACUCGUCCCCGUCCUCCUCCUCUUCCUCCGUCACUGCCACAACGACGAUCACUCCGGCGUCUGUAGCGCACGACUUCACCACAGUCGCACCUGACACAACAACGGGCACAACCCGUGCUACCUCCAUCAUCAGAGGUGAGGGCCAGGACUACAGCUGCCCUCACUGCGAUCGCACCUUCACUUCCCGCAUCGGCCUGGUCGGUCACUUGUGA